AUGUCGGCUGUUACCAGUCAUCUUAUGCGCCGGAGCACCGAGCUUGCUGCCGCUCACCUGCGGGGGUCUGCGGAUAAGACAGAACCCCAGGUGGGAAUCGUGAUUCUCAUUGCCAUCACUGCGGUUGUCUUCAGCUUGGCAUUCUGGGCGAUUGAGUAUACAUUCAGCAUGGUCGUUGCGACGUUGGCCGCCAUCGAAGAUACCAACCCCGAUAUCUAUGUUCGCAUUACAUCUGACCCCAACCCGAUCAAACCGACGGAUGAAGACGAGCCCGAGAUUGGUGCGGCCGCUCCACUGAGGCCGAUCACGAGUAAGCUGCGUACGACUAUCAGCCACCUGCGCGCCCGUGCUGGCUUUUGGUCGCGCUUCCGCGGUGCUGGUAUGUUCGUGGCUUACGCUGCGGCUCGAAGCUUCAUUGCUGGUCUGAUUCCUAUCCCGGUGACUUCAUGUAUUGGGUCCUUCGUCGUGCAGUCCUUCGUGGGUGUUUUGUUCGCUACCUGGCAGAUGGCUUGGGUCCACAUUGUCAUCUCCGAGCCCUCCCCCAAGAGGUUCUACCAGCGUAUUCCCAGCUUCAAGACUUGGAUCAAGAUUGCACCAGCUGCUGCUGUACAGGAUAUCCUGACUGCCGCUGCUUUCUUCCUCCCGUUGUCGAUUGCUAACUUUGCGGGUUUCCUGAACGCUCCUCAGAGCGACGAAGUGCUACCUUUGGUGGCCUUGUUCCGUUUCAUGGGCGUCCUUGUCGUUCCUGCUAUUCUGGCCUUCCUGGUCUCUAUCCCUGCUCGGGUCAUCUUUAUUCGUGUCGCUGCUUCUAUGCUCCCAGAGGAGGAUGAGACCAUUGUGCCUUUCGACCGUUCCUUUGGUGGCAAGGUCACCCCUGCUAUCACCGGAGGUAGUGGCAAGAUUGGUAUUGUGGAGGCUUGGACUACAUUUGACUGGGCUGCUCGAGUUCGCUACGCCAAGGUCAUUGGUAAGACCUUUGCCAUGGAAGUGGCAUUGGUUAUCUUUGCCUCCCUUGUGCUCGGUGGCCAGCUCAUUUGGGCGAUGAAAACUGCCAAGCCUGUCAAGGACGAUUCUCCUGCCUUCUAA